AAGCAGAGUGGUGGUAGGUCUUGCAUCCAGUGGGCUGGUCUAGUAAAGCUCUUUGUCUCUCUUAACUUGCAGGAGUCAGAGUCCGAGAACAAGCUAGAUGGAGAGACAGCCUCAGACAGCGAAAGCAAAUCCGAAUUUGGAGGAUCGCCCCCGGUGCCGACAUCGGAUGACACUCCAGAGGUCCUGAACAGAGCUCUCUCCAACCUGUCCUCAAGAUGGAAGAAUUGGUGGGUAAGAGGCAUCCUCACGCUGGCAAUGAUUACCUUCUUCUUCAUUAUCAUCUACUUGGGACCCAUGGUCUUAAUGACAAUAGUGAUGUGUGUCCAGAUCAAAUGUUUCCACGAGAUUAUCACUAUUGGCUAUAACGUGUACCACUCGUAUGACCUGCCCUGGUUUAGGACGCUCAGCUGGUACUUCCUGCUCUGCGUAAACUACUUUUUCUAUGGCGAGACUGUGACAGAUUAUUUCUUCACCCUGGUUCAGAGAGAGGAACCCCUGCGGAUUCUCAGCAAAUACCACCGCUUCAUUUCUUUUGCCCUGUACUUAACAGGUUUCUGCAUGUUUGUCUUGAGUCUGGUGAAGAAACACUAUCGCCUCCAGUUCUACAUGUUUGGAUGGACCCAUGUGACGUUGCUAAUUGUCGUCACCCAGUCGCACCUCAUCAUUCACAACCUGUUUGAAGGAAUGAUCUGGUUCAUCGUCCCGAUUUCCUGUGUGAUCUGCAAUGACAUCAUGGCGUACAUGUUCGGGUUCUUCUUCGGCCGCACGCCACUCAUCAAGCUCUCCCCAAAGAAGACCUGGGAGGGUUUUAUUGGAGGAUUUUUUGCCACCGUUUUGUUUGGAUUGCUGUUGUCUUACGUGAUGUCUGGGUACCGGUGCUUCACCUGUCCGGUGGAGUUCAACAAUGACACCAACAGCUUCACGGUGGACUGUGAGCCAUCCGAGCUGUUCCAGCUACAGGAAUACAACAUCCCCUUGGUGCUGCAGUCCGUGGUGGGCUGGAAGACAGUCCGGAUGUACCCCUUCCAAAUCCACAGCAUCGCACUGUCUACUUUCGCCUCCCUCAUUGGGCCAUUCGGAGGCUUCUUUGCUAGUGGAUUUAAGAGGGCCUUCAAAAUCAAGGACUUUGCCAACACAAUCCCAGGGCACGGAGGUAUCAUGGACCGCUUUGACUGUCAGUACCUGAUGGCCACCUUUGUUAACGUGUACAUCGCAAGCUUUAUCAGAGGUCCCAACCCAAGCAAACUGAUCCAGCAGUUCUUAACCUUGCGGCCAGACCAGCAGCUCCACAUCUUCAACACGCUAAAAGCACAUCUUGUUGACCGGGGUAUGUUAGGUGGUUUGGAGGACGCAUAGAGAGCUGGGCGAUUAGAACGGGACUGAAAACAGACAGGCCUCCUCGAGGAAAUUCCUGGCUUGCCUGAUUUAAGACAAUAACAAGGCCUCAUUUCACUGUAACUUUUCUUCCUUUCUUGGUAAAUGUUUGCAUUUGUGUUUUGGGUUUUUUUUAAUAAUAUAUUUAUAUAGCUUUGGUUCAAAUGAGCAAAUCUUGGGUUUGUAGCUGAAAAGGAGUUGAGGCUUGGAAAGACCGUUGGGUGAAGUAGAAGGGUACGACGGUCCUCGUGGUCUGUCCUUAACCUUCGAUGCACGUGGCCAGA